AUGAACACGGAACAAAGACAUUCGGAGAAAAGGCGCGUAACUUCAAAUAAGGCUCUUUCCAUAUCUGAUAAACCGGUGUUCCAUAAUGAAAGCUUCUACGCGACGGUUCUGGCAAACGGGACAAAUGUUAAGGUUCACUGUACCACGGUCGUGAAGAGGCGUUUGAAAGUACCAACCAAUGAAGAAGCUGGAACGGGACUCAAUGAACCAUCUAACCCUAGUCACCAGGCGGUGUUGGGAAACGUUUCCGCUAAAUCAAUCCCAUGUUUACCUUUAAAUGUUGAGAACAGUCUACUGGAAAAUGUGAUGGAAUGCGAAUUAACGCAACCGAUGAUCAUCACGAAUAAGCUUACAAAUGCACCCAGGAACGAUGAACCCGAAAAUAAGUUGGAGAGCUUGUCUAGUUCUGCUUUCAAGCCUUCCAUUCCACUGUCCAAUGAGACAAGGUCGGUGAGUGCCGAUUCCAACCAAAGCAGCACAAGUUUUCAGAAAAUAGCAAAACACAAGUCAAGCCGAUUGAUUAUCGGUUCGACUGCUGUCCUCUCUCCGGAACAUGACAGAUCUCUGGGGGGUGUGGCUUCAGAAAAAUCUGUGGAAAUGAGACGAGUCAGUUUGGAAUGGAGUCCUCGGGUAAGUGUCAAUACCCCCAAGCGCCGUGUAUCCGAACAUGAAGUUAGCUGGGUCGACUCUCAUGAAAUACACGAUUCGGAUAAGUCUUCGGACUCUGACAGUUGGAAUGAGGUGGAUUCAAGACCUUCGAUUGUGGUUAACAUGGACACGACGACUGGACGAAAAAGAAGCUUUGCACUGGAUAGGCUGGAUGUUGACAUAAAGCAGUAUCUGGAGGAGACACUAGAAGAAAUGGAUCUUGGAACUCAAAUGUCAGGUGCUUCCAAAGAAUGA